AUGGUCUCUGAGCUUUCGUCCCCGUAUCCCAUUCUAGGCCUUCAGCCGGCUUUGAUCUACCCAUAUCUUCUUCCUUUAAUUUUGCUAUCUCUCUACGCUAAGCUGGCAAAAGGGCUUUCCGAGGAAAUGGGUGUAGAGGAGCUCACAGCUGGAGGAGCACUUUCCGAGCGCUUGGCCAGGGGUUCUUCAUCUAUCAAGAGAGGGUUCCCGACGGGGAUGGGUUUUGUUGAUCCAGGUCGUACUCUAUUGACUCAAGAAAAGUUCCUCAAUGCUGGCAAAAGAGCUUUGAGACUUCCCGCCGGAGGAUAG